GGUCCUUGGGAACGAGGCUGCCCUCCGCGCCCCUCGCCCUUCGUUCCGGCGGGCUCCCGGCCGGCAAGCCGCGGUCCGGCCCUUCUCGGGCGGCGCCGCAGCCACAGUCUGCUCCCGGAGACAGGGCUGAAAACAGUGCAGUUCCUUUUCACAGUUAAAAGACUAUUAAGAAGACAAGAUGGGGACUCCUGGUUCUGGAAGGAAAAGGACGCCUGUGAAAGACCGAUUUUCUGCAGAAGAUGAAGCUUUGAGUAGCAUUGCCAGAGAGGCAGAGGCACGGCUGGCAGCAAAACGGGCUGCCCGAGCAGAAGCAAGAGAUAUUCGCAUGAGAGAACUGGAACGGCAACAGAAAGAGCACUCUCAUCAUUCCUUUGAUGGAAAAUGGGGACAGAUUCAGAAGUGGCUGGAAGAUUCAGAAAGGGCCAGGUAUUCCCACCGGUCUGGUCAUCAACGUCCUUAUCUGGGAGUUGAGGAUGCGUUGUCCAUUCGAAGUCUUGGCAGUCACAGGAGCCCAUUGAAGGACAUAACAGGGACACACUGGAGCGGAGCCAGUACACCCAAAAGGAAGGAGAUCAUGUAUGAUGCUCUCAAGGAUAGACCAUCAAGACUUUCAACAUUAAGUCAUUCUUACAGUCAUUCUUAUGGAGUGAAGAAGAGAUCUUCUGGUUCUCAUAAAGACCCACUGAGUGGCCUCUACUUUGACCAGAGAAACUAUAGCAGUCUUAGACAUAGCAAACCCACCUCUGCCUACUAUACUCGGCAGUCUUCUUCCCUGUACAGCGACCCUCUGGCGACAUCUAAGAGUUACAGGGCCUCCCUUACUUCAAAUUCUGGUCUGCUGAGAAGUGCCAGUCUGAUGUCAUUGUAUGAUGGUGGAUUAUAUAACCCUUAUGGUUCUCGAACUCCGUCUGAGUACAGUUUUUAUUCAUCAAGGACAAGUUCAGCCCGAAGCAGUCCUGUGUUUAUCGACGAUGACACUGCAAGCAUUGCCUCUUCUGGUCGUGCCAGCCAUGGGCAAAAGGACAGUGUGGUCUCUGCUGCUGAUUAUUUCAGUCGAUCCAAUCGUAGGGGGAGCAUUGUCUCCGACGUGGAUGAUGUCAGCAUCCCAGAUGUGACCAGUUUGGAUGAAAAAUCUGACAAACAAUAUGCUGAAAACUACACAAGGCCUUCAUCUCGAAAUUCUGCCUCAGCAACAACCCCUCUAAGUGGAAAUUCAUCCAGACGAGGAAGUGGGGACACCAGCAGCUUGAUAGAUCCAGACACCUCCUUAAGUGAAUUGCGGGAUAUCUAUGACCUUAAGGACCAGAUACAGGAUGUAGAAGGGAGAUACAUGCAGGGGCUUAAAGAACUAAAGGAGUCUUUGUCUGAAGUGGAAGAAAAAUACAAGAAAGCCAUGGUUUCCAAUGCACAGUUAGACAAUGAGAAGAACAAUUUGAUAUACCAAGUAGAUACCCUCAAGGAUGUUAUUGAAGAGCAGGAGGAACAAAUGGCAGAAUUUUAUAGAGAAAAUGAAGAAAAAUCAAAGGAGUUAGAAAGGCAGAAACAUAUGUGUAGCGUGCUACAGCAUAAGAUGGAUGAACUUAAAGAAGGCCUCCGACAAAGAGAUGAGCUUAUUGAGGAGAAUCAACGUAUGCAGCAGAAAAUAGACACCAUGACAAAAGAGGUGUUUGACCUCCAGGAGACACUGCUUUGGAAAGAUAAAAACAUUAGGGCCCUAGAGAAACAGAAAGAAUACAUUGGCUGCCUCAGGAAUGAGCGGGAUACGCUCAGAGAGGAGCUGGCCAGCCUGAAGGAGGCAGCGAAGACGGGAGAGAAACAUGGCUUAGUCAUCAUCCCCGAUGGCACACCCAAUGGCGAUGUCCACCACGAGCCAGUGGUCGGAGCCAUAACUGUCGUGUCUCAGGAAGCCGCUCAGGUCCUAGAGUCAGCAGGAGAAGGGCCACUAGAUGUAAGGCUACGAAAACUUGCUGGAGAAAAGGAAGAGCUACUAUCACAGGUUAGAAAACUGAAGCUGCAGUUGGAAGAAGAGCAGCAGAAGUGCUCCAGGAACGAUGGCGUGGCGGGUGACCCUGCAGGACUGCAGAACGGCUCAGACCUGCAGUUCAUCGAGAUGCAGAGAGAUGCCAACAGACAAAUUAGUGAAUACAAGUUUAAGCUUUCAAAAGCAGAACAGGAUAUAACCACCUUGGAGCAAAGUAUUAACCGCUUGGAGGGACAGGUGCUAAGAUAUAAAACCGCUGCUGAGAAUGCCGAGAAAGUUGAGGAUGAGCUGAAAGCAGAGAAGAGGAAGCUACAACGAGAGUUACGAACGGCACUGGACAAGAUUGAGGAGAUGGAGAUGACCAACAGCCACCUGGCCAAGCGGCUGGAGAAGAUGAAGGCCAACAGGACGGCACUACUGGCCCAGCAAUAGGGAGGCCACCCGCCUGCCUGCCCGCUGGGAUGACCUUUCGUCCAUUGACUCCACCCCUUUCAGUACUGUUCCAGCUUUGUCAUUCAAAUAGCCGCCUUUGUACUUUAUAAUUUAUGAGAGAAUGAACAGGUUUGAAUCUUCAUGAAUGAACACUUGGGAUUUUGUUUGUAGUUUGAUUCUAGACUAAGAACUUGUCCACACCGUUGUUUUUUAUCUCCAUAAUUUUAGAAUCAAGUUUACUCACCAUUUUUCCCCAGCUGCCUCAGUGACUGGGCACUCGGAGGCUUUGGCAUGGGUUCUGGAGGACAGCAAGUCUGUGCUCACUGAGCUACUUCCUGGAGACCUCAGAAACACAAGUGCCUUCUCCACAGUGCCAUUCAGACUUCCGUGAUCUCCAGUGGUCAGAAGACAUUUACCCUUAAUAUCAGAUCGCGUUUAUAUUUUAGUGAAGAAACAAGUCCACAGGUGGGGAAUGUAUGUUUCACUCAAAUUUAUAUGUUUGGAGGAAAAAGCCUUUUUUUGUAAGAUAUUUAAAUUUAUAUAAGAAAAUGUUAGAAAAAGAUAUAGGGAGUGUAUAUAAAACUUGCUUUAUUGCAUGGGGCAGGGAAAGUCCAAGGCCUGUUACUCUUAAAGUAAGAGUAGGGUCCUUAGUCUUCACAUCAACUGUGCUGUAUCUUGUAAAGUAUUUCAUCUGCUGCUUAUUUGUGGAAUGAAACCUCAGACUAGCCCAAUGUGGGAGGGGGGGCAGGGCAGGCAGGUGGGAAGCCUGAAGAUUCUAUUAAACACACCCUUUUGCCGACUA